CCCGCAACUGCCACCAACCACAACAACAAACAACAACCACUCAACACACAACAGUUGCAGCAUGGGCAGUCAAGCGGUGGCAAAGGCAAUGUGGCUGCUGUCAAACAGCCCACUGCUGGAAGAAGACGAAGCUGAUGUUGGCGUGACAGCGAAAGGAAACCACCACGUCUACCCAGCGGAAGCGACAAGACAAAACACAAGAACGAGACAGCACCAGGACUUGGAAGUGGACCUCCACCACACCAGCACCACGCAGGCAGACAUCAGCACGCUCGGACUGGACAUGGAUGAUCUCCUUGUGCAAAGCACAUCAACAGCCUUGCACGAUUCACACAUCACACAACAUCCACAGCAACGACUAUUCCAACAGCUGCAGCGGAGGACACUGCAACGGGGGCAGCACCACAGCAUGGCCCCGCACACGUCUGCUGAGCUUACGUCGUUGGCGCAGCCCUACACGGAUGAAACACAGGCAUUGCCGGUGCGUGCUUCAGCUUCGCACCGAGGCGAUCGCUAUGCUGUUCUCAUUCGCGAAUCUUCAUCGCUGCUGCCCGCGAACGUGCGCCCCUCUGCUGUCUUGUACAACGGCGACGACGACGCCGCCCUGAGUGACGCGUCACUGGCGGACGACCUUAUGGUUGCCGGCGAGACCGACGACACAAGUGGUGGUGAUGGUGCACGAGGAGACGACACAGAAUUGUAUGGCGACCAGGACGCCAUGAGCCUGUACGAGGAGUACGCCGCCGACGUUGACGAUGAUCAGGCUUUUGUGCCCUACGCUUGGGGUUAUCAGCCCUCCACAAGAUCCAGGCCUAUGGGCGGUGAUGCUGAUAUCAAAGCCGCACCUGCUGACGGAAACGACCCCACGCUGCAUGAAGAUUUGCGCCAGUUGCUGCAGUUUCAACAACAAAGCCACCGUCACCCGAGCGCUGGGCACACCACCCGUGACCACAAUGCUGCUCGCGCAUCCUCCAUUCUUCCCCGACGGCAGGCUCGACGACAACGACAGUGGCAACCGCCGCCUCCACCUCCCCGUCAUCGCGUUUACAGCAACAGCCGCACGCGUGUGUACGACAGUGCUACCCAUCGGCGUGAGCGCUACAGUGAUGUGGGCGAUGUGGAGGCUGUUGAUGUUGGUGUCGAUCUUGGUGCUGAUGUUGGUGAGGAUGCGGACGAUGACGUGGACGUUGAUGGCGACCGUGAUAGCCAUGGUGAUGCUGUUGAUGAAGCCAGGGAGGAGGUGGUGCGAGUGGAGUUGGCGGCAAUUGCAGACGAGCUUGCGCAACGCAGCAGCGCUGUGCGGGCGCGGGAGAAGACCAUCCAUGCCCUGGUGGACCAGCUGACGCAACGCACACGCGCCCUCGCACAGCAGAAGCAGGAGGUGCGGGCGGCGUGGGCACGUGUCAAGCAGAAGGCAGCAGAGGUGGAGAGGCAGCAGAAACAACAGCAGCAGCACGUGGAGCAGCUUGCUGCCCAGCGGGUGCAGGCGCUUGCCCAGCAACAGGAGGAGGCGGCAGCGGCAAAAACGCGCCGGGCGGAAGCGGAGCUGCAGCGGCUGCGCACAACACACGCACAGCUGCGGCGAACAACAGCAGCGCUUCGCGACGAGAAUGUGCAGUUGCAGGCGGCGUUGGCAGAGGCGCAAAGGACAGCACAGCAGCGAGAACAGCGGAUUGCCGCGCUGAGGACAUCCAUGCACGCAUCGCAGCACUCAUUGGUCGAUGCUCGGGGUGACGCGGUCAACAGCCGCGAUGAUGAAGUUGGCUGUGACGAUGAGGGUGGUGAUGGGGAGGGUGAAGCCACUGAUGGUGAUGAUGUUGAUGGUGAUGAUGAUCACGGUGGCGAAACGGCUAGUGGCAGUGGCAGUGAUAAUGAAGAAGCAAAGAGGGAACCGCGAGAGAGCGCGACAAACGGGGCUCAUUACAAGACCACGCAUCCCAAGAAGCGGGGACAGAACAAAGACGCACAACAGCACCACCUGAAGCAGCAUCAAGUGCGCAAAGGCCACGAAUUGGCGUUGAAGCAGCAAUUGCAUGCCGUGACGUCGGUGGCGCGUGCGUGCCGUGUUCUGCUUGCGUUGCUCCUGCGCCAUGCCAAUGUGCAAGCGCUGGUGAAGACGUGCACACGGUUGAGCAUUAGGGAAUGGAGCGUUCACCACCACCACCUGAACAACAGCCUGCCAGCGUCGUUGCGUGCGCGGGCGCAGCGGCGGUCGGAUGCACCGAGCCUGAACACGCGAGCACCAUUGGACAGCACGGCUGUUGUGAGCAAUGGCGGUGAUGGUGGUGGCGGUGGUGAUGGUGAUGAGAGCGACCAGGCACCACGCCUCCUCCGCGCACUACUGGCCAUCUUGCGCUGGUCUGCAGAUGCUGGGGAUGGGCGUACGCAUGGCAACACCGAAGAAGCGAUUGGUGGUGCUGAUGGCAGCCGUGUAUCGAGUGGAGCUGGUGGAGCCAGCACCAGCAGCAGCACCAACAGCAUCAGCAGCGCUGCCGUAAGCGUGGUUCCGUUUUUGCGAAUGACGCACUGGUGUGUGCAGGCGCUGAACGCGUCGCAACAUAAGCAUGCGUAUCACGGCUCACUCAAACGCCUCGCUGCUGUCAUGCGCACAAUCGAGCACUCCAGCCGGCACGAAAUGCAGCAGCACCAACUGCAGCAUGGCAGCGCAUCGACAAGAGCAGGUGGGACGUCCGCGUCGCUCGCCACCUCGGCGCUCACUGGUGCGGGCAGGGAUGCGCGUGCGCGUGUGCGCGGGCUGUCGCGUUCGCACGGGCCGCUCGGAAACAGCAGCGCGUUGUGGAGGGCGCACACCAGUCGUGGCGAUGGCGGCAGUGGUGAUGAUGGGGGUGAUGGUGAUGAUAGUGGUGAUGACGCUGCUCGGGCGCUGUUGCUGGCCAUCCUCGUCCAACUGCAGUGCACAUCACAGGCGGACGCGAUUGUUCGUCUCUUCAACAAUCUCAGUGCAGUCCUCCACCAUUUUGCUGCGUAUUCUGAGUUUCUCUCCGUCCAAGGUCUGGAAGUGAUGCGCAUGUGUCUGCUUGUUGCCACGCCCUCCACACUCCGAUGCACCGUCGAUCUUCUCCUGCUCCUCUGCCUCGAGCAAGCGCACCGCCCAGCCAACGCGGCAGCCAUGUCCAGUCUGCUGUGCACGCGUCCGUGGCUGCGGGCGCUGCGCUCUGCGGUGGAUGUGUCGCUGGAGCACCAGGGUGCCGACCCGGACCGCCACGACACCGCCGUCCUCGAGAAGAUCCUCGUCAUCUGCGAACACAUUGCACAACGCGAAUCCAAGGCUGGGGACGUGUUCAGCGGCGCCGGUGUGACGGAGGCCCUUGUGCGUCUGCAGCAGCUCUAUGGGCGCAGUCACCGGUUUGUCGGCUCCACCAUCUCCACCAUCCUCACGUGUCUCAACACAACGCCGCAGCGCACCGCCCGUGCACAGGACUCGUCCUAGGUGGGCGUGUGCCCGCGCUUAUUUAUCCUCAGUUUGGAGGUGGGCCUGUUUGGCGACGCGACUUGUUCGCCAACCGUGCUCGCUCAUUGCUCAGG